UAUCUCGAUGAUGCUGCCUUGGCCGACAGGAAAACAUCACAUAGUUUCUCUACCAGUCCAACAGUGAUGCAAGUUCCUGGAAACAGCGUUGGUGUGUGGAAGUUCGGCGAUGAAAAUUUCUUCACUUCCGUUCCAAAGGCAUGGACCGUUUCCGAUUGCAUUACGCAUGUUCGAAACAAAAUAGGACGUUAUGGGUAUGGUGACAUUGACCUUUGGAUAAAGAAUCGCUGCAUCAUGUUGGAUAAGCGAAAGUCCCUAUCGGAUUACCCAGGCCUGAAAUCACUGCACGUGGUCCGCAGACCACUUUCUAGAGACCCACAUCCAUCAUAUGCGACAUCAUGCAAGGAUGACACUGACCCGUUUUGUGACAGCACGACUGUAGGGAUGUCGUGUGGACAUUUUAUCUCUCCUGAUAACCUAUACCAAUACGCCUGGAGAAAGAUACAAGAAGGCACAAUCGAAGUGACAUGCCCGGCUGUUCCCGAUACUAACAGACCUGCCGAACAAUGCUCAAAGGAAUGGGAUUUUCAGUCUAUUAGCAAGAUUGCCUGUCUUUCUGACGACGAAAACUAUAUGUUCUGUAGCAAACUUUUUUCGAAUCUCUUAGAAAGAGAAUCAAACAUUCAUAUAUGUCCAGGUUGUAAUGAAGCCAUUUUCAGUAAUUGUGCAAAUAUAUUGAAAUGUUCCUACUGUGAAAAGAGUGGGAGAUCGUUUUCAUAUUGCGUCAAAUGCCACCAGGCUGUGUAUCGUAAUACGUGUUCCAACCCUGAUUGCAAAGAGAGUCUCCCAAAAAUACGAGCAUUGUUACAGAACUGCCAUAUGAUAACUAUUGUUGACGUUCCGAACUGCCCUUCCGUUCGCGCAUGCCCAAAAUGUAGUUGUGUCAUUGAAUUCGACGAGGCCGAAAGUUGUAAACACAUGACUUGUCCGCGGAAUUUUUGUCAAACGAAAUUUUGUUUUAUUUGUCUGAAGGUGAAGACAGACCAGUAUUAUUGGCCGUGUGGGGGCGCUUUCGACCCGUGCAGUCCAACUCCAAGACAAAUCGUUUAA